GUUCCGCGUCUGAGCUUAUCUGCACUCAUAUGGCAUAUAGACAGCAGUGGAUCUCGAAAAAUAUUCAAAAUUUUUGUGCCAUCGCAGAUAAUGGAUGCCACAACAGAGACUGGAGUUCUUCAUCCCUACUGGCCGCGGGACCUUUUGAUUCCCACCUAUGUGGCCAAUGACAGAUCUAUGUCAGAGAUUCUGGCGUUUCUGUUUUCUGUGUCUGGAGUGUUUCUGCUCGUCACCUGGCUGAUCACCGGGCAGAGAGGGACCACUGGCAGGAUGGGGACAUGGAGACGCCUGGCUGUGUGCUGGUUUGCUUUUUGUGGUUUCAUCCAUGGCAUCAUUGAGGGUUGGUUUUCACUGUAUUAUGAUGUUAUUCCAGGAGACCAGCGCUUCCUGUCACAGCUGUGGAAAGAGUACUCGAAAGGAGACAGUCGAUAUGUAAUAGCGGAUAACUUUACUGUUUGCAUGGAGACUGUCACUGCAUGGCUAUGGGGACCUUUCAGCUUCUGGACUGUGUUUGCCUUCUUAACUAACAAGCCCUACAGAUUUGUUCUGCAGCUCAUCAUUUCAUUAGGUCAGCUGUAUGGAGCAGUGCUUUACUUCUACACCGAGCACAGGGACGGUUAUGCUCACAGCGAGUUGGGACACCCUAUUUACUUCUGGUUCUACUUUGUAUUCAUGAACGUGCUGUGGAUCAUCAUACCGCUGACGCUUAUUGUGGAUGCAUGGAGACAGCUGUCAGCAGCUCAGACACACACUGAUAACACAAAGUCACACAAGUCUAAGAGGAACUGAAAUCAGGAAGGACUGAAUGUGGGAUUGUAGGACAAUUACUGCAGGAGAUAUGAGGGAAAGGACCUGGGAAGAGCAUACACUUUGUACUGUUGAAAAGCAUGAUGUUAAAGGAUGGGGCAAAAGAAAUGAUUAACUGUUUUGAAGUUACAUGCCUCAUCUAGGGUUCAGCAUGCUCUUGCAUUAUGUGCCUUUUAAAUCUAAACACCCAAUAAUUGUCAGCAAACUAAGAAUUUCAUUUUAAAGUGUAAAUUGUUCCUUGUGCAUGUAACAAUAAAGCUUUUGUAUUUUAUUGAUGCUUUGUAGACCCUCAGGGGAAGGAGUAAAAUAAAUCUGUUUUCUCCA